CUUUUCCUUUUCUUUUGUUUUCUUUGGAUGUUUGGUAAAUGAAAUUUGGAUUGUUCUUAGCAUUUCUUUUAUAGGUUUUGUCUAAUUUCCCGAAAUGAUCUGAGUUUUGUCAUUUUGACUAUUAAAUUUCUGUUCUUGCUGUUGCAUUCGAAUCCACAAUUUCGGAUCGUAUGUUUACUGGGAUUUGAAUGUCUUGUGUUUUUCUCUUUUGGGGUUAAGUUCUUUUCAUAUAAACUACUUCCUCUGUUUCUUUUUACUUGCAACAGUUUGACUUUCAUGCUUAAUUACCGAUAAAUAAAAAUUAUAAAAAGUAUAUAUUCAAAAAAUAUAUAUUCAGACGAAUUUAACAAAUAACCAAACAUAAAUUAGGUAAAGUUGGUGAAUAAUGUAAAAGUUAAACUGUUGCAAGUAAAAAGAAAUGGAGGAACUAGUUAGUAAUAAUAAAAAGUUCAGGUAGUUAUCACUUAUUUGAAUAAAGACGACUUUAUAGAAUCAUAUCAUAUUCUAUUCAUAGAAUCAUAGGUUGAAAGUUGAAAGUUUGGGGUGUGCUUAUAUUGUUAAGUAAAUUUUCCUGUAUAAUUUAAAGCCAUAGUAGUAGUCAAGUAGAAGUACUUUAUUCUAAGCAUGCUGCAGAGUGCACAUUGCCUGAGAUGCCACCGAGUAUUCUCACACUUCCCCCGCAUAUUGAGCUAGUGAAUAUCAGUUUCUCACAUGGCGUAUCAAUUACUUACCGGGGAUGCCGCUAAAGUGCACUCACACUUCCACCGUAUUUGGAGCUAGUUGUUGGUAUCACGUUGCGCAUCGAUCAUUUACCCUUAAUAACACUUAAUUAUAGAGUACUUAGGAUUAUAAAUUUGAAGGGAUUAGCCAUCAGUUCAUUACCAGUACUCACAAAAUACUGCAUUGCCACAUCAAACACUCAUCACCAUUCACCAACCAUCCUUUUGCUCCUAAUUACCUUGCUUACCUUUGAAACAUUACGAUGGCAGAGCUUGGACUUGCAGUUGUUCAAACACUCUUUGCAGCGCUGCAAUGUUCUGAGCUCAAAGAGAUUUGCUCCAAAUUGAAUUACAAAUCUCAACUGGAAGACCUUGAGAAAACUGUCACAGCCAUCAAAAAUGUGCUUCUUGAUGCAGACUCCAUAUUGGAGCUCUCCAAUGAAGCACGCGGCUACAUUGAGGAUCUCAAGGAUGUUGUUUAUGAUGCUGAUGAUUUGUUCGAUGAGUUUCUAACUCGCAUUGGGUUGAAGCAGAUUAGGGUGAUCGGGAGCAAAAGGCAUCAUGAAAUUAUUGAGAAGGUACGCUGCUUCUUUUCUCCUAAUAAUCAAGCUAGUCAAGCUUACAAAAUGUGUCGUCAGGUUGAGAAGAUCAGGAAGAAGUUAGACGCCAUUGUUGAUAAUCGUAAAUUUUCACUUAACGUUAAUACUAAGUCUAUUUCUAAGAGAAGGAAGGGAAGUUGUGCUUAUGUUGAUGUGAAGGAUAUUAUUGGGAGAGAUGAUGAAAAGAAGGACAUUUUAGAUAAGUUGUUAGAUUCAAAUCAUCAAGAUGUUUGUUUCUUGACCAUAGUAGGUGUCGGAGGCUUAGGAAAAACUGCCCUUGCGCAGCUUGUGUUUAACGAUGAAAAGAUGAUUGAGUUUGCAAACUUAAGAUUUUGGGUUUGUGUGUCUGAUCAAGAGAAGCAACAAUUUGACGUGAAAACAAUCCUCUGUAAGAUUCUAGAAUCAGUUACGGGUCAAAGAUUUGUUGAUUUUGAUGGUUAUACAAUGCAAAUAGUGAUAGAACAAUUUCGACUGAAAUUAGGAGGAAAGAAAUACUUACUUGUUCUUGAUGAUGUGUGGAAUGAGAAUCGUGAGAAGUGGGUUGGUUUACAAAAUUUAUUAAUGUUAGGUCAGAGAGGGAGUAGGGUUAUAGUAACCACACGCUCAGAAAUGACAGCAAGAAUUAUAGGGGAUGGGAAUAUUUAUAAAUUAGGAGGUUUAUCCCGAGAAAAUUCAUGGAACUUAUUUGAGAUGGCAGCAUUUCACAAAGGGGAUCAUCAACAAAAACAUUAUUCUGAAUUUGUAGAGAUUGGGAGUAAGAUUGUUGGAAAAUGUUAUAAUAUUCCGCUUGCUAUUAAGGUUGUCGGCAGUCUUCUAUAUGGUCGAUAAA